AGCCGGAGUCAGGCGCGCUCUCCCCCGCAGCCGCCAUCCCCGGCGCGGCCGGUGCAGCUCGGCUCGCAGCAAGACCCCCGCCGCCGCCGCCCAUGCCCGCCGCCCGCUAGCCGCUGCGCCCUCCAUGGCUCGGCCCGUGGCGCUGCUCUGCUGCUGCUCGGCGGCGGCGCUGCUGGCUGCCUGCUGGGGCUCCUCCGCCGCCAGCCCCUCCGCCGCCGCCGGCGCCCCGCUGCACGACGAGGCGGACAACCAGGAGAACAUCCUCUCGCAGUUGUUAGGGGACUAUGACAAGGUGAAGGCCGUGUCGGAAGGCAGAGACUGCCAGUGCAAGUGUCUGGUGAGGCCCUUGGGCAGAGGCGCUUGCCAGAGGAUUAACGAAGGAGCUGCCAAACCAGGGGAUUUUUACACGGUGGAAACGAUCACUUCCGGACCGGAAUGCAAAUGUUCGUGUGUAGCCCCACCAUCCGCCCUGAACCCCUGCGAGGGAGACUUCAGGCUGAAGAAACUGCAAGAAGCAGACAGCAAGGACUUCAAGCUGGCAGCUGUCAUCGAUCUACUAGAAGGCGCUUUCUAUGGCCUAGACUUGCUCAAGCUGCACUCGGUCACAACGAAGCUGGUUGGCCGAGUGGAGAAACUGGAAGAGGAAUUGUCUAGCAAUCUCACCAAGGAAUACAAAGAGAAGAGACCAAAUGCAGACAAAAUUUGGCAGGAGAUGGAUCUUAAAGGCAAGACAAAUUCUUCUGACAGCAUCUCUAACAACCUUGCUGACAUCCAGAGUUCACUGCAGAGGGAUGCUGCUGCCGCCUACACUCUCACUGAGGAAAAAUACGAAGAGGUUUUCCUGCAUGAUGAAAUGGCUUCUCAGCAAAUCAGUUCUGCAGAGUCUUUGCGCUAUGCGCCCCCAGCUCCAAAGGCAAAGUCAACUUUGCCAAGAAAACUCCAUGUGAGGAGCCGGACUCCAGCCCAGCCCACCAUCAUCCGAGGAGUCACUUACUAUAAGGCCAAGGAUCCUGAGACAGAAAAAGACCUCGAGGAACCGGAUGAGCAUUUCAGUGGUGAGAGCCCAAUUGAUAUGCUGAUUGAAGACCAGCUAUUGCAACACAGCUACCUGCCAAAUAUUCCCACGAGGAAGCAGCUGUCGGUGGAAAAGCCACUUAUUCACCAAAGCAUCAGGCUCAUAAAGCAGCAUGCUGCAAGCAUCACAUCUGCUGGAAAAGAAGCAUCUGCAACCAGUGCUGCAACUACCAAGCUACCCCUGUCCUCUGCCAUCGUGCCUCCCUCUGUUGAGCCAACACCAGUGUCUACCUCAUCAGAUCUCCUUACAGCCAGCAGCCAUUUUGGAAUGACUCUGGAGCCCACAGCAGCCACUGGAGUCUCCUCAGUGACUGACUUGGUGGAUGAAGGCGCCACAUGGCCAACGAAAACAGCAGCUCAAACUGCCACACAGGCUUCCACGGUUGUGGCAACCCAGAAUGCUUUUGACACAAAGUCCCCCAUGGCCAAAGCAGCCACCACAAAUUUCCACACACAGGCAGCAGCUCAGCCGACUUCAGCUGCCACAACCAAAGCGGUGCCCCCUGCAGCCCCUGCCAGGCCCAGCCUCACCGUCACACCCACACAGGGCCUGGACGAGGAAGAUAUCCGAAACAGCAUUGGCCAGUGCAAGGACACCUUGUCUACUGUCUCUGGGCCCAUGACCCAGAACACGUAUGGGCGGAAUGAAGGGGCUUGGAUGAAGGACCCCCUUGCCAAGGACGAGCGAAUCUAUGUCACCAACUACUACUAUGGCAACACCCUGGUCGAGUUUCGGAACCUGGACAGCUUCAAGCAAGGUCGAUGGAGUAACUCAUACAAGCUGCCAUACAGUUGGAUGGGGACAGGCCAUGCGGUCUUUAAUGGCUCUCUCUACUAUAACCGGGCCUUUACUCGCAACCUCAUCAAGUACGACCUGAAGCAGCGUUAUGUGGCUGCCUGGGCCAUGUUGGAAGAUGUGGCCUAUGACGAGGAGACACCUUGGCGGUGGCGUGGCCACUCUGAUGUGGAUUUUGCAGUGGAUGAGAAUGGCCUGUGGAUCAUUUACCCAGCCAUUAAUUACGAAGGCUUUAGCCAGGAGGUGAUUGUCCUCAGCAAACUUAACGCCAAUGAUCUGAGCACUCGCAAGGAGACCACCUGGCGGACAGGCCUGCGCAAAAACUUCUAUGGCAACUCCUUUGUCAUCUGCGGCGUCCUCUACGCCAUUGACAGCUACAACAAGAAGAAUGCUAACAUCUCUUAUGCAUUUGACACGCACACCAACACCCAGAUCAUCCCCCGCCUGCUCUUUGAGAACGAGUACUCUUACACCACUCAGAUAGACUACAACCCCAAGGACCGGCUGCUCUAUGCUUGGGACAAUGGCCACCAGGUCACGUACAAAGUCAUCUUUGCUUACUGAGGACACAGUGAGAUCAUGUUUAAAGGCCACUAGCACCUUUUUUUUAAUAAAUAUUUUUUUAUUGUAAAAAUCAGAGUAAAUAAGGUUGUUGUUUUUUUUUAAAAAAACUUUUUUUAAAAAAAGAGUGGAUUGUAGAUCAGUCCACAUUCCUAAGCCAACCCUUUUAUUUUGGGCAUAACCCUGCUUUUGUUUUUAUACUGAAUGUGCUGCCUCCUAUGAAACAAUGGAAAAUAUUGUUCAUUAGCACCCGCUAAGUGCAGACUCUCUAAUAAUGAAUAAUAAGGCAAAGGGAUGCUUUUCUAACAGAAGACUCACACUUUGGAUAAGAACAGGGCCCCGCUCCCAUUUUUUAUAAUAAAACAUCAAUGUUUAAAACUCAGUAAAACCAGAGUCCUGCUCACAUUUCCUUCUGUCAUUCUAUUUGUCUAGUCGCAUUGUAUACUCUGGGCCAUAGACCCUGUAACUCUUGUCACUCCUGCCCCAGUUACUGUCUUUUGAACCCUGGGCUGGGAAAGAUGUUGCUAGAGUCUUAACUCCCCUCAUCCCUGGCCACUUGCCAUCUGCGGUGGGGCUGAUGGGAGUUCAACAAGAUAUGGAGGGCCACAGGUUGUUCCCCUACUUUACCCAAAGGAUUCUUUAUGGGACAAUUCAGGCUGAAUUCCUAAACAUACUUGCUAGGAAAUGAGCCCCAUUGAACAUAGCAGAACUACCCCCCCUGAGCUAACCUGUACAGAGCAGACUUGCAAGAAAACAAUUUGACUCCUGUGCUGGAGAAAACUUGGAAGGAGACGAGUGCAGGCCAUCCCUUCGUUGUUUGCUCCUUGUACUGGGUUGAACUCUUUCCAAACAGGCUUUAUUCAGCUGCUAGAUCUGUUAGACAACCAUCCCCUUAUCCCAUGGUAGCUUAUAGGGCGGGACUGUCAAAAGCUUUUUGAAACUCCAGAUGUAUACUGCCUUCUGGAUCCCUUCUUUGUAUGUAUGUGUGUGUUGACAUUUUAAGAACUAAUAAAUAAAACAAAUUGCUGAAGCAAGA